AUGGGUGGUCCUCCGCGCCGCCAGCCCGUCUUUCCCGCACCCGUCCGCCGCUUCCCACGCUCCAACUGGGACGGCGUUCUCUUCUCGUUCCAUCCCAUCCCGCGCGGCAUGCUGGACGCCAAGGCCCGCGUCGCAGCCCGCGCCGCCAGCCAGCGCUGGCAGGCGGCCUUUGACACGGACGACAUUGGCACACUCGACGCCGUUGAUUUCGCAGUCGCCGUCUUUGACGUAGCCUCGCACAUGAAGGACCACAUGCCGGCCGUUAUGAAACAGCUCGGUCGUCGAGUGGCGACGCCCGACGCAUGGCGCACGCUGACCGACGAGCUCAUCCGGCGUGCAUUCAGCAUUGCGUGCAAGGCAGUCAGCGCGCGCUUCCCUGCCUUUGAGCUGCCGACGCUAGCCGACGUUCGCCUGUUCGCUCGUGGCGCGAUGGACAGUGUCUGGAAGGAGGGAAUCGACUCGUGGGGGAUGUUGCAUCGGCACGGUUACGACGAGACCCGCUUCACCGACCAGUACAUGCCCGACCCGGUCUCGCUGCCCCCGCGGGCGUUCACGGUCGUCAGCUACGACCUCGAAGACGACCCACUGGCCGAGGACAAGAAGCUCGUCUGGUUUAUUGACGCCGACGGCAAGAUUGUUGAAGAGUGCUUGGGCCGGGACCUGCCUCGCCCAGUCACACCACCACUAGCUCACACUGCCAAGCAGCAGCAGCCCACCCCCACUGUUGAUGUGCAGACCUCACCGCACACGACGUCGUCAUCACCUUCAUUGUCAUCAAACUCUGCGUCGUUGCCCAGUGACGAGGACAUUGCUUCCCCGACCCCCUUCCAGCACCAGUCUCCUCUGAGCCCGCCACACUUGUAUCGCUGA